UAAGGGAAAUGUUUUGGUGACCGGCUGAGGAAAACGCGGAUUAUUUUAGUUCUUUGAUUUGUAUAUUAAAAUUGCGAUAGCCAGUCGUUUAUCCAAGUCAGCUAUAAAGGCUUGCAGAUUAUACUCAAAAUGAAUACAAUAAUCCGUUUUACUUUUAUUUAAAAGCCGCAAAGGUGGCGGACAUCGUGACCACGUGAAAUCCAGCAACAACAAGUCCCGGAGAAGUGGCCAUGGAUUUCUCAGAGUUUUCCGAAAUUAAUAUAGAUCAACUUUUGAACGAUCCAGCCCCGCCUCAAAAUGAGGUGAUAUCCUCUUACAGGCAAAUUUCUACGCCAAGAAUCAACGGAAAUGUCAAAGCGAAACGGAGCCAACUAGCUGAGCGGAUCGGGCAAAGCGACGACCUCAUCCGACAGCUGAAGCAGCUGCAGACCCAGAACAAGCAACUGACGGAACUGCAGAAAACCGCUAAGGAGGUCACCGAACUCUACCAGAAGGAGAAGCAGUUGCGACUCGAGCUGGAAGAGAGCUCCAACAAAUUUGCCGCCCAAUGUCUAGAACUAGAAAGAAAAUUUGAUGUACAAGUUGCGACCUGCGAGAACUUGCAAGAUGAGUUGCAGAAAAAGGGACUGCCGGUGGAAGCAAAGGAUGUUCUGGGCAUCCUUAUGCAGUUCCACCAUCGACUGGGCGACGAUUGCGGACUCACGCGCAGGGACAGCAAUAUUAUGAAGAAGCUGAAGGAGUAUUGCAAGUCAGCGGAAAUCCCAAUCGCCCCGCCAAAAAGUCCGAACUCGCGGCCUAAGCGAAAAAGCCUCCAAAAUAGUGUCAACCAAUCUACCCAAACCGACCAGGAACCUGUCAAAGAAAAGCCAGUGGUUUGUUCGGUGGGCGUGCAGGUGGGCAGAGUUGUGGAGACGCGAAGUCAAGGAUCACAAUACAAGAGAACAACUACUACGAGGAGUACGACCACAGCGUGCUUCAUUGAGAAGCGGGAUGUGAGCACCAGUUUUCCUGAACCUGUCAUCACACCAAAGGUGCGGGAGAUAUUGGAUGAAAUGCUGUCCUGGAGCAUCGACAAAGUUGUGUCCCCUCUAAGCCCUGUCAGUGGAGUGCCGGAAAUUCGCAGCGCAGUUAGCGUGGCCACAUCCACAACCCUGUGCAACAUUCAGCGGGAAAUCGACUAUAUGCCGGAGGUGCCGUCGCAAAUAAAGGUGUCCGCUUCAAGGCCUCCCUCGCGCGGCAUGAUGGAUGGCAUUAAAGAAGAGUCCAGGUAUUCUUUAGGCAACAAGGAGCUCGCUAAAGAACUGUUAAACUUCUUGCCCCAAAACCAAAGCUGCCUGGCCAACAUGUCGCCUCAAGCCUUCGACGAGCUGUGGCAGGUGUUUGGUCAAAUGGUGUUGGGCCUAUUGCAGAGGCGCUCGGUUCAGCAGAGUGUCAGCAAUGCGGACUUUGCUAGUUGGCUUCACGAACUCUACGAGGGCGCGGGAAACUACCCGGAGGCGCUAUGCAUCAACCAACCAGCCACCAACACAAAAGAUUUCGCUGCCGGCACAGAUUGCGUGGACGUUGGCACGGAUCCCAUCAUUCAAUCGCCGAACAUCAGUUACGGAGGAAACGUAACACCCAUUCGACUACCACCCCAACAACCGAGAGAACGAAAGUCAAAACAGAAGAAGCGCAAAGCGACUUCGCCCGUAAAGUCCUCUUCGAAACGAAAAUGCCGUGAGGAGGAGAUAUUAGAAAACCAAAAUAAUGAAAAAAAUGAUCCUGUACAGGAUAAGGAUAGGAAUGAAGAAGAGCCGGAAACGGCUAUACAGUUUAUAAGCAACUUGAACAAGUUUAACAUGGCCAACUGUGAUAAUCUCAAUAUGGAGUUAGAUGAAGAGGAAAUGUACUUGCUUCAGCUGACAACUCAGAAGAGUCAGGAGCCUGAACAACCAACCUGUACGAAUAAUCCUGGAGAGGGUACUGAUCAGGUGCCGCUAGAAGUCAAUGAAUUACCUGCUAUACAGAAUGAAGACGUUCAACCUUUGCCCAUCGAUCCUAUAAAGAAACCUGAAGAUCCUAAAACUUUCGAGGCAUGUACUUCACCUGCAACAGAAGUAGAAUCUCCUAUCCAGGAAGUACGCUCUGUUGGAAGCUCAAUAGUAGAAGAGGAAUCCCGAGAUGCCAAAACAAGAAAAACUUUGGAAACAUUGAAAAUUUUAUUCGGCAGUGAUUCCGAUUCCGAUGGGAUAGUUAAGAGGCAAACUAAUCCCGGGUCGCAUCCAGACUCUAAAUCUUGUGAAGAAGAAUCUGAAAGUGAUGCUGCUAUUCUCCGCCUUCUUACGGUCCGGAAGCCUAAUUCUUAUUCCGAUUUUACAUCCACUUCAAGUGAGGAGAUGCCAAGGUCUGUAGAUCUUCCAAAACAAUCACCUGAGCAUCUGGCUGCACCUAUAUGCCUUAGUGAUUCUACCUCAGAUUCCCCCGAGAGUCUGGAUAUAUUCUCAUGCCAGAGUGACUCUUCCUUAGAUUUUCCUAAACAUAUGUAUGUGUCUCCGUGGCUUACUGAUUCCAUAUCGGAAUCCUCGGACCGCGUGGAUGUGCGUUCGUACCUUGAUUAUCCUAAAUCAGACUGCCCUGAGACUCUGGAUUCUCGCUCAGAAGACAAGACGAGUGGAGGAAAGGCAGCGAGGGAUAUGGAUGAUAUUCAACUGGAUAAGUACCUCACAUCGGAGCUACCAAGCAGCAUUAGCGGAACUACCAAUGUGGACAUCGAAGCUGACUAUGCCAAAGUUCCUGAAGACGCGUCGUCGAUUCUUUCACUUAUGAAGAGCCGGAUGAAAAACUUCUAUAGCUCAAGCGAUGAGUCGGACGAUCCUCGUCUGAUUAUUGAUGAAAGCGCCGACAGUAGAUCUGACAUGGAGAAGACCCCGUCGCCUCUAUCGGUGUCUCCAACACCAAAGAAACCACUAAAGAUGGCGUCCAAUCUUUUAGAAGUCCGGAUGACCCGUUUCAGGGCCAAGCAACUGCAAACGGAACAGGACCAGAAACUAAACGAGGAUGGAAGGACAUCUCUGGUGGAUCAGAUAAGGGACCGCUUGAAAAAGUCUCUGCCCUCUGACUUGGAAGGCAGACCCUUGGAGUCGAAUAGCAAGGCAGCAGAUGUGGGCCUCGAAGGAACUCUGGAAGAAGAUCAACCCGAACGAGUUCGGGAGACCGAACCCAAGGAGAAGUCUAAGCCAAAGGAGGAUAAACCCUGUCCAAAACGAAGAUGUGUGAGUCUCGAUGCUUCUCCCGCCUCUCCCCCACCCGAGCCAAUUGAGGAACUGAGUCUGCCCAUCGAUAUUCCUCUAGAGCAGGACAAGUGCCAACAAACCAACGGUCCACCACUGCUAGUCCAUCACCUAAUAUCCAGUAGGGAUGGUCCUGUGCAGCGAAAAUUGUCAAAGGAUGCGCAGGAGACAUUAAGUGAAACGAUAGAGAAGUAUCUCGAGGACAGAACUUGCAUAGAUUCCAGCUUCAAGGAUUUUAAAGAGAAUUUCCGAAAGGGGAACCACAAUGUAGAUGAAUCAGUGGAGGCCAUGAUCACGGUCAUUUGUAAGGUCGGUUUGGAAGCCAUUCCCGUCUCCCGCCUGAUGGUUGCCCUACAACACUUCGAGUUCACGGAGAGGUUCCUGUUGGGGAUCGAGCUACGCUUGUUUAGGAACAAGGAUCGCCCCCAGCUCGACAUGGCCAUGGAAUAUAUAAAGCUGUACCUAAUAAUAGUCUCAUUGAUGCAAGAACCGAAGAAUCCGACGCGGCUGCUGCUGGCCAAAAUUCUCUAUCACUGCGAUAAGGAUAUGCCAGGCUUGGUCUUUGAAAUCUUGUCCCAAUGCCCAACUGUUAUCCCGCACCGAGAAGAGCGGGAGUACGACCACUCGGAUCCCUUGAUCACGGUUAUCAAGCACCUUUUGAUGAACAGAAAGUACGACAUGAACGAUCCCGAUAGUCCAGAGCGAAUGCUCUUGUCCAAGCUGCGCUUCGAGUACCACUUUCAAAAGUUCGAGCCUACCGGAAAUCAGGUGCUGGAAAACCUGGUCGAGAAGAUAAAAGCGGGCCGUCUGGAGCAGCUGGGCUAUGCCUUCGCGCUCUUCUGUCGCCGAAGUCCGCAUGUGAAGGUGAUGGAUACUGUUUUCGGGGAGCAUCUGUUGCCGCUGGCCGCCAGCUACUGUGAUCUCGCCACGCAGACCGAGGACUUCGACGACCGGCUGCAGACCCUGGUCCAGUGCAUAUCGAUGGCCCUCAAAGCGCUGCCGGUAGAAACCAACAUUUCCGCCUGCGUGGGGCUCUUCAAGCACCUCAUAGUGGCUGUGCCGCGACCGGCCGUUCAGGAAUCCGUCGUCCAGGGUAUUUUGCGGCUCCAGAGAUUCGGAUUCGGGCAUGUCAUGGACGUCCUGCAGAGCUACAGGCCCGAGUAUGCUUUGCAGCCGCUGACCCGCGCCAUGCUUCGUAGUUUCGCGCAGAGGAGGAGGAAAUACCAUUAUUCGUUCAGGAAAUUCCAACGAGAUUAGGCUUAUCCUUAUGUAAAUUAUAUAAAUUGCAUCUAUUUAUAUAUAUGAUUGUGUAAUUAAACUCUCUGAAUUAAACUAAAUGCCAAAUGCGAUACGGAUCUUUACAACUUUGAACUUAUAACUAAAAUACACAAAUCGAUUGCACUUAGGAUAGGAUA